AUGAAUGGCCAUUCAAUGAUGAUCACUACGCCCGAGCAUGAACCAUCAUCAUCCACCAGCAACAGAAAUCGGUGGUCAAGCCAUCACACCUCUUACCAAAACGGAAAUUCUAACACAGCCAUCACAUUGUCGAAUGACCAUGCACACCAAAAUGAUCAUUCAAGACCCUAUUCAUACCCAUCGCUUCGUGUUCAUACGCAGAACAACCACUUGGACACCGGUUCCGUAACGCAUAUUCAGGGCUCAUUGGAUUACAAUGCAAUGGUUGAUGAUGAAGAUCAUUUGGUUGACGUUUCAAACCACAACGUGAAUCAUUAUGCACCAUCUGAAGCCUUCUUGCAACCACCUCCAUAUCCUGGACAGCAUCGUGAUCAUCAUAACCCUCCUCACCACCAACAUCAUCAAGAGAUACCGUUCAAUAGAAACCGAAGUGGAGGGAUGCUUUCCAAUGCACCUACAACCAGCUUUGGAGGUUAUCAAGUAGAUCAGAACAUUCAACACAGAAUGGAUACGAGUUCUCAUGCUGCAAGUACAGCACCUGUCGAGCACCAUCAUCAUCCAAACAGCAGCAAUGGAACUGCUCGUGCCAAACAACCACAAUAUCAAGCACACCGAAAAGCAGUCAUCAUGCCUGGAGGUUCCUUAAAUUACCCUCAGCAACAACAACAGCAUGAAGAACAACCUGCAAGCCUCAUCAUGAUGCAACUCUCAGAGGAAGCAGCACGACGCAAUCAUCAUCAGGGUCAUUCCUCCUACGCUGGCGUCCCUGAACAACCAUACAGCAGUAAUUUUUACGGUAAUCGAAAUGAGCCCAUGCUUCAUGAUGAUCCGCAUUCCCACCAUCAUCAUCAUCACGCUCCUACCACUUACACUCCAAAUUUCGGAUCACAGGUCAACAAUAAUGGCUUACCAACAAACAUGAACCCACCCAUCUCUGUAACAGCCAAUUAUUCGGGAAGUAAUAACACGACAACCUCUGGAAUGAUUCCUCCACCUGUUCCCCCAAGAAAGCCUUUGCAACGACGUGGCAGUAAUCAUACCAAUACGACCAUUUCCAAUUUUGAUAAGGAGUCAAUUUCGUUUUAUUCGACAGCACCAUCCUCAACAACGAGCGAGACUUUGAAUACGAGCAUGAAUUCUGCGAGCAUCACAACAUCAGCAAUGAGCAAUAAUAACAAUCAAGUGAAAUCAUUCUCCAAUUUUCAACCCAAACCACCCAAGAAAAGCCCUAAGGUUGUUUCGAGACAGUGUGAAAAUCCAAAAUGCAAUACUACAGAUACUCCGUUGUGGAGAAAGGGAUUUGCUGUAGAGGGAGGAAGACGUGCCAAUCUUUGCAAUGCAUGUGGCUUGCAUUACAGAAAGGGUCACUUUUGCAAAUUUUGCAAUGAGAUUUACAGAGAUUCUAGUGAGCUUGUGAAUGCUCCAGAACCAUGGGUCACUUGCCCAAAGUGUGAGAGAUGGGCCCAUAAGAAAUGUCUCAUGACUGCACUUCCAACUAUUGAAAAACAAUUUUUGGUAUUGAAUCGUGUAGUUUGUGACGAAUGUAUGAAUGGAACAAGCUCAAAUACCACAACUAGUGCAACGAAUUCUACCGUUUCUACAAAGAAUGUAAUGACGAGCUCAACAAGCAGUAAUGACACUCCUUCACCCACUGUAUCUGUCACGUCCAGCAACAACAACAACAACAACAACGGUAGACUAGGAGUCGACGAUAGUCAGUCUUCUUCACACAGUGGUCAAACCACCCCUGUGAGUUCAACACUUUUCCAAAACACCAGCACUGCUCUCACCAACAACAAGUCCUCUCACUCUGGAAAUAAUUCUCCAUUGAAUCAUGUUGUGAUUAAUCCAACAAGCACAAGUACUGCAUUUGCUGCCAAUUCUGGCUUGGGCAGCAACCAUUCUGUGGGUCGACCUCAAUCCUUCCAGCAUCCAACAACACCUGUUCAAGUACGUGUUGCUCAACGACCUUUCACUGUGAGUGGAGCAAGUGAAAAUGUAGUUUCCCUCUUGAAGAGACACAAUGACACUGCAGGAACCUUUUUGAAUGAUCCAAGCAAUGGUACUUCAACGAUUAAGAAUGAACCUUUAACAUUACCUUCGAUUCAGAACUUGCUGAAUAAAACAAAUUUCUGA